AUGGAGCCCCGGGGCCUGCCCCCGCCCGAGUCUGAAGAUCUAUUCCAGGACCUCAGCCAGUUCCAGGAGACCUGGCUCACAGAAGCCCAGGUCCCUGACAGCGAUGAGCAGUUUGUGCCAGAUUUCCACGCUGAAAACCUCGCCUUCCACAGCCCUCCUCCAGCCAAGAUCAAGGAGGAGCCCCAAAGCCCCCGUCCGGACCCCACCCCGGUCUGCAGCCGGUGUCCACUCACCAUCCGCCAUGGAGAGCCGUGCCUGUACCCCAGUGCCUACGAGUUCCCCAGACAGCUGUCCCCCAGGUCCCCGCCCCCACAGCCGUUCCCCCGAGCCCAGCGCAGCUUCCUGAGGCCGCAGAGCAGCCCGCAGGCCCUGCCCCUCUCAGGUCGGAGCUACCUCCUGCCGCACAGCGUCGCCUUCCAGCAGCCCCUGGAGUCGGGUCGACCCUUCCCCUCUGCUCAGGGGAGGGGCCGGGAGCCCCCCAUCCCGUACCGGCGCCAGCUGCCCGAGGCCUGCCCGCCCCACGCCCCGCACACCUUCAAGCAGGAGCUUUGCGACCCCGGCUAUGGGCAGGUGGGCGCAGCGGACACCGGGGGCAGCGGGCACAGGGGGCCCGGGUACCCGCCUGGAGUGGUGAUCAAGCAGGAGCAGAUGGAUUACAGCUACGACUCCGUCGCGGCCGGCUGCCCCACCGCCUAUCUGGACGGCGACGGCUUUCUUGGCAGCGAUGGGGCCCUCGGGGACCGGGAGGGGCCCCCGGGCCAGCGGCGCGGCUCCCUGCAGCUCUGGCAAUUUCUGGUCACUUUGCUGGACGACCCGGCCCACGGCCGCCUCAUCGCCUGGACGGGGCGCGGCAUGGAGUUCAAGCUGAUCGAGCCCGAGGAGGUGGCCCGGCUCUGGGGUGUCCAGAAGAAUCGUCCAGCCAUGAAUUAUGACAAGCUGAGCCGCUCCCUCCGCUACUACUACGAGAAGGGGAUCAUGCAAAAGGUGGCCGGCGAGCGCUAUGUGUACAAGUUCGUCUGUGAGCCCGAGUCCCUGUUCGCCCUGGCCUUCCCCGACCCCCAGCGUCCGGCCCUCAAGCCCGAGUUUGAGCGAACGGUCAGCGAGGAAGACACGGUGCCCCUAUCUCACCUAGAUGAGGGCCCCCCCUUCCUGCCGGAGCUGGGCCCCAAGGCCGGGGGGUUCCCCUACUAACUGCUUCUGUCCCCCGCCACACACCCAGUCAUCCCAAGUUGAGACCCCCCAGCCCCCUGCCCCCAUGGCACAGCUAGGUGCACUUG